UAUUUGAUCCGCAUGGCAGAUGGUGCUUUACCGCGGGAGCCUUUCAUGCAGAUUGGCAAGUUCUUCUAUCCGGGCCCUGCAGUUGGACGCGGCAUCGGGCUACCUCAGCAGGGCCGAGACUUCGCCCCUGCACCCAACCGGAUGAGAUUGGACGGAGAGAGGCUUCCGGCAAGGCAACUGUACGACUUUAGGAUGAAGUAUGCAUCCCGUCAGAAGUAUUGCCUGGCAGCCAACUUGUGGUCCCAGGGACUGAUGCAAUGGGAUGCAGCCCUGGAUGUUGCUGAGAAAGCUUUCCAAGAUGUGCCAGUCGAAGCUUGAUCAUCGAAUGGGUUGUAAAUUUCAAUUAGAACGUUUGCGCGUUGUGAUUUCAUGCAGCCAGGACAGUGCUGCCUGUGAAAAGUAUGAGUCUGAAUCAGAAGCCAUUCAGCGCAAAA